AUGACUGGCUCAGAUGCAGCUUCUGCUGCUCCGCGUACUUCAAUCACCCCGCGAUCGAGGCAUAGACGCCGUGGGAGAGGUACCGCUAAUCACAAUGAUCAACUCAAUGGACCAACGCCGCCGGCGAAUGAUCAGCCUCUAUUAGAAAGUCAGCGAUCUCAAAACGACGGCAUUUUACCCUCCGAACGGCACAAUACCGAUUCCCGACAGCCGCGAAGAGAUCAACAAGGGCGAGGUCCCAGAAUAAGAAGAGGACGGAGCGAUGCGGCCCAACGAGGCGGACGUGGUCAUGAUGAAAUGCGGAGCGAUCAGCUAUCACAGCAUCUGUCUCGAGGACUGAGGGCGCAAGGUUUUGGAGCUCGAUUGACGAGACCGGAGCCAGAGCCAGAGGACCAGGCCCGGGAACCUCUUGCGGAACCUGUCGCCGAAGUCAACCUCCGCGCGAACGCCCCGGAUUUCGUCCCUGGAACCCCUGGAACACCGACACUGGCUAGCAAACCAUCUUCUGUGGAGAAGGGCAAAGGAAGGGCAAAGCCGAAACCUCUACAAAAAACUCCUAAGCUCACAACAAAAUCCAUUGCGGAUGACAUUGCCACUCGAAUCCACGAAGACAUCGCCCAUAACCUGUACGAAUGCCCAAUAUGUACUAGCGAACUUGGUCGUCGUUCUAAAAUAUGGUCCUGUGAACUGUGCUGGACAGUCUUUCACCUCAGUUGCAUCAAGAAGUGGUCCACAAACCAGGGUGCAGCUGCGCAAACCCGACAGCCGCAGAAUGACGAGGCCGCUCUGACACCCAAGGCCUGGCGUUGCCCUGGUUGCAACCUGUCUCACGAAAUAUUUCCAUCAGCUUAUACCUGCUGGUGUGAAAAAGAGGUCGACCCGAAGUCUUUCCCCGGCCUACCUCCGCACUCAUGUGGCCAGACCUGUUCUCGCCCCCGUAUGGGCUGUCCGCAUCCAUGCGAUGCCACUUGCCAUGCCGGUCCCUGUGCGCCUUGUACCGCGAUGGGACCAACUCAGGAUUGCUUCUGUGGCCGUAAGUCCUCUGCCAAAAGAUGCCAAGAUACCGACUACGAACAUGGCUGGAGUUGCGGAGAGAUCUGUGGAGAUCUAUUGCCAUGUGGUGAACAUACAUGUAUCCUUCCUUGCCAUGAAGGCUUAUGUGGUGCUUGCGAAAUUCAUAUUGAUGCUCGCUGCUACUGCGGUAAACUCCAAACUGAAAUGCUUUGCGGCUCCAAGGACGAAGCCAAGGACAGCCGGAGAGUUUGGGAUCACAGUUUUGAAGAGGAGUGGACCGGAUGUUUCAGCUGCAAAGAUAUCUGCAAUCGUCCAUUCGACUGUGGUGAACAUACUUGUCAGAAGGUUUGCCAUGCGCAGGAAUCAUUCCCAGCUCAUUGCCCCAGAUCACCCGAUGUUGUCAGUCGCUGUCCCUGUGGAAAGACUUCAUUGACUAGCAUUCGCGGUUUUACUCCUCGUACCUCCUGCAAAGACCCGAUCCAGAAUUGCUCAGAACCCUGCGGUAAAAUGCUCGAUUGCGGCCACUCCUGCGACAAGAUAUGUCACACCGGCCCAUGCGGUGUAUGUAUGCGCCAUGUCCCCAUUUCUUGUCAAUGUGGACGCAAUACCUCUAUGAGUAUUUGCCACCAAGGAGAUAUUCAGUCUCCGCAGUGCUUUCGGCAGUGUAAAGCAACCUUGCAUUGCGGUCGACACUCAUGUACGGAAAGAUGCUGCACCGGAGAGCAGAAGGCCAUUGAACGGCAAGCGAUGCGGCGCAAACUGAAAUCUCAUCUCCGCCCUGUCGAUGAAGACAUCGAGGCAGAGCAUAUAUGCACCCGGAUUUGUGGUCGAUUGCUGAAAUGCGGAAGACACACAUGCCCGGAACUCUGCCACAAAGGGGCUUGCAACACCUGCCGAGAAGCCGUUUUCGAAGAGAUUCCAUGUAGUUGCGGAAGAUCGAUCCUUUAUCCACCACUUCCAUGCGGCACGCGGCCUCCACCAUGCUCGUUCCCAUGUGAACGACCCAAACCUUGCGGACACCCCCAGACCGCACAUAAUUGCCACACGGAUGAAGAGAUCUGCCCCAAGUGUCCCUUUUUGACUGAGAAAGAAUGUCUCUGUGGUAAGCGGGUGAUGAAAAAUGUGCCUUGCUGGCUUUCAGAUGCACGCUGUGGUCAAGUCUGUGGGAAGCCCCUGAAAUGUGGCUCCCAUUUCUGUAAGAAGGAUUGCCACCGACACGGCGAAUGCGAGGAUGCGGAUAAACCGUGCCAGCAGACAUGUGGAAAGAGCAGGACGCUCUGUAAUCACCCCUGCUCCGAACCAUGCCAUGCUCCUUAUCCUUGUCCGGAAAAGACACCGUGUCCGUCAACAAUUACAGUCACUUGUAGCUGUGGACGGCAGCGCCAAGAACGACGCUGCGGCGCCGCAAAAGCUGUCAUAUCCAAGGGCCAGAUCCAGCAGCCCGAACGUCUGCCUUCUGCAACCCCUCUUACCUGUGAUGAUGAAUGCGCGCGCUUGGAGCGCAACCGCUCACUGGCAUCCGCCCUCGGAAUUGAUAUCAAUCAAUCCACCACUGUCCAGACCUUCACAUCCUCAAAUCUCCCGUACUCCACCGAGACCCUUGACCAGUAUAUCAAACUGGGCUCGACUGUCUCACUAUCCACUCUCCAGGCCUAUGAAUCAAACAUGCACGCCCUGGCCACGGAUACCUCGAACCGCUCAUUCCGUUUUCAACCUGCGAAAUCCACCUUGCGUGCAUUUGCCCAUUCUCUGGCCACUGACUGGGGAUUCGUCACCGAAAGCCACGACCCAGAACCCCACCGCCAUGUUUUUGUCCUCAAACCAUUGUCCUGGAACGCACCCGUCUUUGGUAUAGGCAGUGGUACGUCCGUCGGGAUUGGUGGUAUGAGCGUACACGAGUGCGUGAAGUUGCGUGAACGCGAGCGCACCAAGGAACGCGAGGCGCAGCGCGUCGCUGCUUUGGAGGCCAAGGCAGCUCGAGACGCCGCGAAGGGACAGGCCGGUGCAGAUGGCUGGGCGCAAGUUGCGUCUCGUGGAAAGAGGCCCGGGGUAGAGAGCAGCACUAUUAGCACACGGAGCACCACGCUAGUACAGAGCACUCUCCACAGCCGAUCUAUCUAUGCAGCGCUUUCUGGCGGAGCUAUGCCGGAGGUAUCAGGCCAGGUCUCGAAGAAAGACCGGCUGGUUCUUCGUUCGGGAAUCGGGGCAGGGAAGGCAUUGCGCGCGCAGCCUGCUGCGGAAAUAGUUGAUAGUUGGGAAGAAGCGGAAGAUAAGGAGGAACAAGCGGAACAAGAGCAGGAUCAAGAAAAGGAUCAAGAUCCAAAGAAACCCGGUGACCUUGAAAAUGUAGGCGAAGUUGGUCAAUCCGAGGUGGUUAGUGAGCAUGAUGUUCUCUAG